UGUCACCACCCUGCAACAAGUGGUGGCUGUCCCCAUCCCGUGUCCCCGGAGAGCCCGGGAUGCCUUGGGGAGAGGGAGCAGCUCCGCGACCCCGCUGUGCCCGACACGCCCGGCUGGAUUUCCAGGUUAAGCCCCGCGCAAAAAGCACCCGGGAAACGCAGUCCUUUGUAACUCAGAUGUACCUGACCAUAAACUUCGCUUCUUGGGAGAAAACUGCUUGUUUCGGGGUGUCACAGAAGCGAUGGAGCACUGACAGUGGCAGGACAUGCGCAGGCCUUCAGCAAGAGAGCGCUGGGGGGGGAGCAGCGAGCUCUACCCAGGAAUCUCUGUCUUCACAAAAUACUGUGUUGAUUUCACCGGUAAUCAUUUCCCAGAUGAUCGACGGGAAUAAAUCCAAGGGAAAUCAGCCUGCUUUGCCCAUGCAGUCCACGAUCCCCCAGCCCAGCCCUUGUCACACGAAGCAAUCUUUAUCUAACCAUGGGUCACUCAAGGUCACCAGAGCAUUUUUGGUACUUCCCAGCAGACUGGAAGUUCAGGCAUCUUCAGAAGACACCAAGUCACCAUCGGACUCCCAGGUCACAGGGGAAAAGCAGUGUCCAAAGCAGCAGAACGGCUUUGCCUCCAUAACUGUGACAGCCAGACGUGUGGCUGUGGGCUCUGGGGACCCUGGGGCUGUGCAGGACCCCAGCACCGUGUCCCCCACCUCCAGCAGAGUCCCUGCUGUCCUCCCUCAGUGGCCCCCACCAGGCCACACACCCCAACGUGCCUCUCCAGGAAAGGUUUCUGGGUCUUGCCCAAAAUCAGGUGAAGAGCCACGAAAGCAGCUUUUUGACCCUGGACUCAAGGAGACCGGCGUGGGCCUUCAAAGCAGUGAUGGGAGGGAGGAAGCACCACCCUCAUUCCUCUCAUGUGUCCACCUCCAGGUUUCUCAGAGGUGCCCACGCACCAUCUACUAUUUAGACAAGUCCCUCAACGUGUGCAUUGACCAACCUCGAAUUAAAUGCCAAAAAACAUAUAGAUCCACGUUGUCCUUCGACAUAAAGUGCAGUUUGUCCAGAUUAACAGCAGAUGGAGUAGAUGGCAUAGCUAAUGGAGAGCCCAUGGAGGAGACAGCUCCAACAAAGCUCCCAGGAGCAAACAGGACUCCACUCAGAUCAGAGUUGAGCGCAGACUUCACAGAAAAUAAGGUAAUUAAUAAAGUGGAAACAAAGGAAGGCUGUUUGGGUAGCAAGUACCCUUUGCAAAGUGUCCUCAUCUCAGAACUUCCAGCAUUUGUGGAUAUACCCAGGGGACACCAUAACGUAGUAGCAACAAAGAAGGAAGAGGAUGAGCAUUCGGGCAGCUCUCACACUCUGUUUUCCCUCCAACUUCCUAAUUCGAGUGAUAAGCCAGGAACACAAAUGCUGUUGGGAAGAAGGAAGAGGAGCUUCAUUCUUCCAGAUGCAGCAUCCAGAGAGGCAAUCACUGCUGCUGGCUCAUCAAAAAGGAGAGAUCCCUCCAAAGACACCUCCAAAUCCAAAGAGAUCCAAGCACAGGGCGUCCUCAAACCAAAACUGUCUGUCUCCAACUGCAUGUGCAAUACAAAAACAUCAUCAAGGAUCCUCUCGGAAGAAAACGCUCACAGGCAGAACCAGCUCCUAAAAAGCGAUUCCGAAUUCCGCGGUUCAGGUGACAGAAUAAAGGAGCUCAAGGACGAGUUGGAGCGAGCCAGGAGGGUGACACUGUCCACAGCUCAUUGGCCAGGUGUGACUUGGGAGGAAAACAAUGUGCUCACCUGGCCAGGAACCGGCUCCCAGCCGGAGGAAAUUCCAGCAGCCCCAUGGACACUGCAGGAAGCCCUAGAAAUCCACAAUCCUCGGUUCAUCUCUCGCUCCCAGGAAAGGCUGAGGAGACUGGAACACAUGGUGCAGCUGAGGAAAGCCCAGCAGAGUGACUCUCCUGUGGGCAGUCCCGGAGCGCUGGUUCGCAAGCUCUCCUCAACAUCCACCUCCAGCAGGAGAAAGCACUACACCAUUCCUGACCCUCUCAGUGAUAACCUCUUCAAACCAAAGGAAAGGUUCAUUCCUGAGAAGGAGAUGCACAUGAGAUCUAAAAGGAUUUAUGAAAAUUUACCUGAAGUGAAAAAGAAACAAGAGGAAAAGCAGAAAAGGAUCAUCAUGCAGAGUAACAGGCUGAGAGUGGAGAUGUUUAAAAAGCAAUUACUGGACCAGCUCCUUCACAGAAACACAGAGUGACAAAGGAGUCUCUUGCCCAUCAUCCUAAUUGGAUCUUGAAUGCCUUUGACUGCUAGAUAAGCCAUAAAUUAACUGUUAUCUCAAUUACCUGGAGGUAUUUUUCUUAUCUUUGCCUCUUUAAAUAAAG